UCCUCACAAGCAAGAACAGACAAGAACAGUAACACGGUCGCAUUGAGGCGAUUAAAACUAAACAUUCAGGGACGUAUCCCCUGUUUUUAAUCUUUUAGGGAUUCCUGAAAGCCUUUGGCACCAUGGCGUCCCUCCUCUUGAAGCACCUGGCUGCCUCCCUGACUCGCCAAGUGGCCCAGAUGAGCAGGUUAAAUGUGACCUCCUCCCCAGCAGCGAGCGCCUACAGAUGUCUCUGCACCCUCACCACAGCUCCCCGCACGCUACUCCUGUCACCAACCAGAGUCGGCUCCAUCCAGCCCCCCUCGUCUGGCUCCUCUGCUCGGCGUGGACCAUCUCUGUUGGGACAGUGUCAGCAUCUUCCCUGCAUCCAGCCCUCUGCGGGGAUGAAAACCAAGUCUGCCCUGAAGAGGCGCUGCAAAGACUGUUUCAUUGUCCGACGGAGGGGCCGUUUGUUUGUGUUCUGCAAGACAAAUCCCAGACACAAGCAGAGACAGGGCUGAAAUUACAAAGGAGUGUUGAGUAUUGGAAACUGAAAAGAACUGUGAUUUAAAAAUAAAGUGUUUGGUU